AUGCUGCUGCACCGCUCGGCCGGCGCAGAGGUCUGGCAGCGCGGCGAUUUGUACGAUGAGCACGUCGAGCGGCCCGCCCGGAUAGUGGCCGUCUACGACGCGCUGCUGCGCGAGGGCCUCGUCGGCCGCGCCAAGCUCAUUCCCGCGCGGCCAGCGGCGCGCUCGGACCUCGAGCUCGUCCACUCGCGCUCUCAUUCGAGGAGGGCGGUGCGGCGGUACGAGGGGGAGGAGGAGGCGCACGAGGCGCUGGGGCUGCAGCUGGGCGCCGACACCUACUUCGCGGCGGGCGAGUCGGGCCGCGCGGCGCUGCUGAGCUGCGGCUCCGUCGUCGAGCUCGCGACUCGCCGCUCGGUCGUCGAGCUCGCGACUCGCGUGGUGACGGGAGAGCUGUCCAACGCGCUGGCGGUGGUGCGGCCGCCGGGCCACCACUGCGAGGCACGGCAGGCGAUGGGCUUCUGCCUCCUCAACAACAUCGCCGUGGCGGCGGCGGUCGCGCGCGCGCGGCUCGGCGUGCAGCGCGUGCUGGUCGUUGACUGGGACGUCCACCACGGCAGCAACGGCAUCCAGCACAUCUUUGAAGAGGACGGCUCGGUGCUGUACGCCUCGCUGCACCGGUACGGACACGGCUUUUACCCAGGCACCGGCGGCGCGCACGCCGUCGGCGAGGGCGCCGGCAGGGGCUUCAGCCUCAACAUCCCGUGGAGCUCGGCCGGGUACGGCGACGCGGAGUACGCGGCCGCCUUCGAGCGGUUGCUGAUGCCGGUGGCGCGCGAGUUCGCGCCGGAUCUCGUCCUCGUCGCCGCCGGCUUCGACGCGGCGGCGCGCGACCCGCUCGGCGGCAUGGAGGCGUCUGAAACCCCCCCCGCGCCUCUCGGCUGCCUCUCGUUCGUCUCCCCCGCCGGCUACGCGUACAUGACGGCGCAGCUGCGCUCCCUCGCCGCCGGCCGGCUGGUGGUCGCUCUCGAGGGGGGGUACAACCUGCGCUCCAUCUCCUCCUCCGCGGCGGCGGUGAUGCGCGUGCUGCUCGGCGACGACCCUCCGCCGCUGCCUCCGGCGCCGCCGUGCCGCUCGGCGGCUCGAGACAUCCUCGAGGCGAGCCACGCGAUGGCGCCCUUCUGGCGGAGCGUCGCGGCGGCUCUUGGCGGGCCGCAGGCGCAGCCGCGCUCCGCUGUCGCGCGGCCGCGGCUCUCGAGGGCCGCCUUGCGCGAGCUCUACGGGACACGCGCUUACCCUCGCCGCCGCCGUCGCUCGCGCUGGCCGUUCAAGUGGAGGGCGACGACGCCCUCUGCGUGGCGGGGGGCGGCACGUCGGCGGCCCGCCUGGCACCGCUUCAUGUACGGCGAUGAAUGA